AUGGCUGCAUCGCUCGGUAUCAUAGUGUCGCUGACCCAAGCGGCCGUCGGCGAACUCUGUGGAGCUCUCAAAAUCAUCUGCGACAACGGUGCUUCGUAUUAUCUCAAGCAUUUUUUCUGCACUCUGUAUUUGACUUACAUCACAAAGACAAAGGCGGUGCGCUUCCCGCACCCAAAAACUGUUAUCAAGGAUUUAAGUCCAGAGAGCGUGGGGUUCUUCCAUCCCGAUCAUGAGUGGGAUCAGGAACGGCCGAAAACUAAGGAACAUCUCAAGAUCCGUGAGGACACGCUCAUCUUCCAAGGCACUCAUAUCCGCACGGAGUCUUCCCUGAUCGUACGCCUGAGCCGACUGCACGAGGGCUUGUGCGAAGUUUUCAUCGCCCUGCAGCUGAACAACAGCAACAUUUUGGUUCUGCAGAACAGCAUCAAAUUAGACCUGAGCGAUGCUUUGAGCUACUACGGCUGCGGACUCAAACUCGAAUGCUUGGCGCCCAUGCGGAGAUGGAAAUUGAGCUUCAAUGGGCUCAUGGAGGAUCAGAAUGGUGAAGAACUUCACGUCAAGUUCUCUGGCAUAUGGACAGCGGGAUCACACACCGUUGAGCAUCCUUUGGAAGCUCCCGUGGGCAUCAUGUCGGACUCUUUGUCUCAUCUCCGUCCUCUUGAACUGGCAUCUCAACUCGACGCGAUCUACAAGGAACAAUUCUCCAUCUCUCAAUACGGACGGCUUGAUCUAGAAGUCAUCGUGGAAGAAAACGACCCCGUGGAAAUACAUCUAUGGGGCUCGAGGAUCAAUCAGUCCGGAGUCAGACAACGGCGGAACGAAAUACAUCGAUUCGCCCAUUUCCGUCUAGGCCACCGAAUACACGUCGUUUCCAGCCACAUAGGGAACACCAUCCUGAACUUGGGUUCUCUGUACGACCCGUGCACCAAAGCAUAUGCGAUCACCGCAGCCGACGUAACCAGUAGCCAGAUUGCCGUCUCGAAUAAAUUCGAGACCUUCAGAGUACAAGUAGGCCAGAUGACUCUCCCAUCGAUGUCGAUUUUCACAAAGCAUCCGAUGGUGAGCGAUGAGUUCACGCUUCACAAAGAAGAUGCCUCAUUGGACGGAGAGAGAGGAACGGUGAUCACUCUGAAAAUUGACAUGCACGAGCGACCGACCCUGCCACUCCCGCCUGAGUACGAACAUGCGGCAAUCGAUGGCGGGAAAACGGUCUCGAAGCUGGUCCUGUCCACCGAUGACGAGGACUGCAAACGGGCCGAUCUCACAGGCGGUAAAGGAUCCUCGUUGGCAGUCCUGACCUCGAUUUCUCGCCAAUUCAACAGCUUCACCGUGCCUACAGCUGUAGUUCUCACCACGGCUGCAUACGACAUGUUCUCAAAGAUGCGCGAAGUUCAGACCGCCAUACAGGAUUUGAGCGCUACUCUCCGCAGGGACCCGAAAAUCGCAGAGCUCAAGGUCGCGUGCGAAGCCUGCGUAGGGAUAAUUGAGAAGUCUAUUAUGCCGGCAGAAAUCGUUCGUGAACUCCAGACCAAGAUGAUGGUAUUCGGAAAUUUGACCGAACGUCGCUUUGCGAUCAGAUCUUCGGCUGUGGGAGAAGAUUCCGAAGAAAUGUCCGCUGCGGGCCAAAUGACGACUUUCCUCGGGAUUCGAGGUUCUGACUUCGUCGAGAUCCUCAAGAGUGUAGCUAAAUGUUGGGCCUCACAAUUUAGUUUCACCGCCGUCAACUACAAGCGACAGUACGGUCAGAUGGUGGCGUCGAAAAUGGCCGUAGUUGUGCAGGAAAUGGUUUCCUCGUCGAUUUCGGGAGUCAUGUUCACCUGCGAUCCCGUCACGUCUAGCCCCAAAAUCAUCACGAUCACCGCAAACUACGGACUCGGAGAGUCCGUGGUUUCGGCUUCUGCGGAGCCGGACACUUUCAAAGUUCGUCGCUCAUCUAGUGGACGUGUUGAGCUGGAAAAUGUGAUCAUCGGGAAGAAGAAGUUGCUCAUUGAGCAGGACGAAAGCGGUGGAACGGUGGAGAGGGAAGUUGCGGAGGACGACCGGAAAAAAGUUUGCAUGUCCGAUAAUAUGGUCAAAAGGCUGGCUUCGAUCGGUCAUCAAGUCGAAUCUUGCUCCACCACUGCUCGGGACAUUGAGUGGGCUUUCGUGGACGAACGCAUCUUCCUUCUGCAAAGUCGACCCGUUACUUCGGUCACAAAGGAAACCGACUUCGAAAUCAUCAAUGACAACAACGGCAACAUCAAAUCAGAGGACGAGAUACUCAGCAGAGCUCUCAUGGAAGAGAUAUUGCCGGGUGCCCUGUCCCCCCUCGGCGCUCAGCUGACGAGCGCAAUCUUCGGAGUUCUCGCCCGUGAAUAUCUAUCGAGCUCGAGACCGCCCGAUGAAUUCGAAUCAUCCCUAUACCCUGGUGCGAAUGUCCCGAUGGCUAGGAAAUUCAUGUUCCUACCGGAGAGCGAAAGAGACUUCAGCAAUCCGAUUCAGCGGGCCAUGAUGUACGCCUCCUACGGCAAAGACAUUUCCGACGAGGAUCCAAUAAAAGUUGGAGCCAGACGCAAAACGAACCGUCCGAGGAGCUGCAUCUUCAAAUUCAACCAAAUGCUAAGACUGAUCGAGUAUUUCUUACCGACCAGAGUUUUCGAAGAGGCCGCACAGCGCAGCAAGAACUUCAAAGUCUAUCAAAACGAGAAUUUGACGGCUCAUCAGCAGCUACUCUACAUCGUCAAGUCCGUGCUCCAAAUGGGCGGCAGCUUGUCCUCGAAAAGUCGCGAUUUCCUGUAUUGUCUCCGACUCGAGUAUGUCUGUUCGCUGUCUGCCUUCGCUGAAAAAGUUGAUCUUCACGCGCAGUUCUGCACAACACUCUUCCGCGGAUUCAUAGGAACGUCGAUUUCGAAUGCAUUCGUCGUGAAUACGCUGUCCAAAGCCAAUAACGGAGAGAUCGACGACAAGAUCCUCAUGAUAACAGCCCAGCUUCUGCAAGCGGGAGACAUUGAAAGCGUAGACGUACCCCUGAGUCUCCAGAGGUUGGGAGCAGGUCUGUCGAAGAGUCCGGACAGGGAAAAAUUCAUAGCCAUGAAGCCGGAAGAGGCCCUUAAAUGGCUUUCCGAGUCUGAGAGCACAGACGGCAAAAGGUUUCGAGAGUUUCUCCAGAAGCACGGACACCGCUGCGUGAAAGAAUUCGAUGUUGCAGCUGAGCCUUGGAUAAUGCGGCCCUUGAAACUCAUCAAGAGUCUGCAAGUGGCAGCACGCGUUGUUCAUGAGCCGAAAGCUCGGGCCGAUACGGAAUAUGAUUUGAACGAGUUAGGUUUGGAACUAUCUCUGCCGCAGAGGCUCCUUUUGAGGUUCCUGGUUCCUCGGGCUCGCCAAGCUGUCGUCAAUCGCGAGAUCGCGAAGUCGGCCCUGAUCAGAUCGAUACACCAGAUCCGCAUCGCCCUCAAUUUUCUUGCGGAUCUCAUGGUGGAAGAGGGACGUCUCCCAGAAAGAGAGCUCCUGCUAUUUCUGGAGCUCGACGAAAUCCAUCAGCUCAUCAAGACUCGGAAUCCAUCUUUAGUUGCUAGAGCCGUGAGGCGGCGACGACUGCACAGCCGCAUGGACAACGAGCAAUAUCCGGUAUUACAAUACGGGUUCCCUCAGAAAAAGGAAUCGAUGAUAUUCUCGGACACGUCGAUGGAACUCAAAGGAACCCCGGUUUGCCGAGGAGUUAUUGAGGGUCGAGCCAGAGUGAUCAGGCAUUUCGAAACGGAAGCUCACCUCAUUGAGAAAAACGAAAUCCUCAUCACGACCGCAACCGAUACUGGAUGGACCCCAUAUUUCCCAAUUCUCGGUGGGGUCGUCACCGAAGUUGGAGGACUUGUGUCGCACGGUGCUGUGGUCGCCCGCGAAUAUGGUCUCCCCUGCGUCGUCGGAAUCGAGAACUCGACGCAAAUAUUUUCUUCUGGGGACAUGGUCCGACUCGACGGUGGAAGAGGAACUCUCGUCAAGGUCACCUAAGGCGCCUAAGGCGGCAUCGGACGACCGCCCGGAUCCCAGCUCCGCGGCAUAGGGAAUCGUGGAUGGCAUCCGGCGAAAAUAUCCCACCUGUCGGAUGAUUCUGAUGAUGUAUCUGAUUAGUUUAUGCCGAAAAUGCAUCUGGAUAUGGGAUGAUCGACACGCGAAAUUUUUUCCUCGAUUUCCGGAAUCUGGUCUAAUAAAAACGCUUCUUUA